AUGAAUAGUAGUUUUGGUAGAUUUCAAGACUUUGUUGUUGGUGAAAGUAGUAGGGUGGUGGAACCUAAUGUCCAAAAUUCUAGAAUGCACAACAUGGUUCAAGAUGCUUAUGGGAUGCAUUCCGAUUUUGAAUCCGGUAACCAUGGUGAAGAAGCUCCAAAUGAAGAAGCUAGUCGUUUUUUUGAACAGUUGAAAAAGGCUAGUCAGCCUUUAUAUGACGGGAGUCCCCACUCUCAAUUGUCUAUUGCUGUUAGAUUAUUAAGCAUCAAAGCAGAUUGGAAUGUUCCUCAAGGUGCAAUAGAUGUUGUGAUUGGCCUUAUACAUGAAUUAGUUGACCCGAAUUUAGAGAUACCUGAAAAUUACUAUAAGGCAAAGAGACUAGUGUCUAAGUUAGGACUCUCGUCGAUGAGAAUUGAUUGUUGUGAAAAUGGAUGCAUGUUAUACUAUAAGGAUGACGAAGGUCUAGAAUCUUGUAAGUUUUGUGGAAAAGCUCGUUUUAAGCGGACUCGUAGCGGGAAGAGGGUUGCUGUUAAGGCGAUGCAUUACUUACCUCUUACACCAAGGUUAAAGAGGUUGUACGCAUCAAAUAGCUCCGCUCCUCAUAUGAGAUGGCACAGUGAAAAUAGAAGGCUGCCUGGUGUUAUGUGUCAUCCAUCAGACGGAGAGUCUUGGAAACAUUUUGACACAACAUAUCCAGACUUUGCGGCUGAACCACGAAACAUUAGGUUGGGUUUAUGUUCCGAUGGAUUCACUCCACAUUCUGUUUCUGCUGCACCAUAUUCUUGCUGGCCUGUUUUUUUAACACCAUAUAAUCUUCCACCUGAGUUGUGGGUUGAGACGUUUGACGUUUCUCUUAAGCAGAAUUUUAAUUUGCGGGCCACUUUAAUGUGGACUAUUAAUGAUUUUCCUGCCUACGGGAUGUUGUCUGGGUGGAUGACUGCUGGAAAGUUAGCCUGUCCUUACUGCAUGGAGAAUACUAAAUCGUUCACUUUAAAGCAUGGCAAAACAAAUUCAUGGUUUGAUUGUCACCGUCAGUUCUUGCCAAUGGAUCAUGAGUUUAGGAGUAUGAAAAAUGCAUUUAGGAAGAACAAAAUUGAACGAAACUAUCCACCUCUAAGACUUUCAGGAGAGGAAAUUUGGGAGAGGGUUGAGAACUUUCCAAAAGUUACUAAAGAACCACCGUACAAGUUCGAUGGGUAUGGGCUUGCACAUAACUGGAUGAAACAGAGCAUAUUUUGGGAGUUACCAUAUUGGAAGGAUAAUCUUCUCCGGCAUAAUGUUGAUGUUAUGCACAUUGAAAAAAAUUACUUUGAUAAUUUAUUCAAUACAGUAAUGGAUGUCAAGGGCAAGACAAAAGAUAAUCCAAAGGCAAGAUUGGACUUACAGGAAUAUUGUAUGUGUAAAGAGUUAUGGUUGCAGGACAAAGGGAACGGGGUCUUCAAGCCUAAGGCUAGUUAUUCAUUCACAAUGGAUCAUAAGCGAAAGAUUUGUGAAUGGGUUAAGAACUUGAAGAUGCCUGAUGGGUAUGCAUCAAAUUUGGAAAAACGUGUUGAUAUGGCGCAAGGAAAGUUACAUGGGAUGAAAAUCCAUGAUUGUCAUGUUUUCAUGGAAACUUUACUCCCCAUUGCAUUUAGUAGCUUGCCUGCCCGAAUCUGGAAGCCUAUGACAAAAAUUAAUUUGUUCUUCAAAGACUUGUGUUCCAGUACGUUGAGGGUAGACAACCUGGAUCGGAUGCAUCAGAAUAUUCCUGUAAUAACAAGUAAGUUGGAGAAAAUUCUUCCACCGGGGCUCUUCGAUGUGAUGGAACAUCUUCCAAUUCACCUUGCGGAGGAAGCUUGA